AUGUGCAUCAACUGGUCGAAACUCGUCGACGUUGAUGGGUGUAUCGAAUCGAGUAGUCAACAAAGUAGUACGGCGGUCGGGAUUAUGAGUUCUGUCCCUCGUGCGGCCGGUGGGAGUUUGCUCGAUCGUCGGAGUCGCGUGAGGGUCAGCGACGCCAAGAGCCGGCUCGCCGGUGGUGGUGGCCAUGAUUUGCCCCGAGGGCUCGUCGUCCUGAGAACGCAUAGUCGAAGCUACGUCCUGUUCUCACUGUGGUUAUUCUCUGUUAGCUAUCUCUAUUAUUCGUCCUGUACCUCGUACGCCGAUGGAUCGUUGGUCAUACAGGCCGAUAACGGGAACGUGGCUUGUAUGGAGGCUUUCGUGGUUGCAAGCGUUCGGAUGAGCUACCGUGCCACGGUUGGCGAUGAUGAUUCGUGCAAAGAGGUCGCCCCGUACAGUCCGGGUGAUUCGAGGUUGCUUGAAGGCGGGCGCUGUAUCGGAGGAGUGAUGGGGAUGCACAGCUGCCUCGCCGCCAAGCAUUCAUUGGAGCUGGACGGAGCUGCAGCUCGGAAAACCCCAAAGUCCCUCGUACAAGUAUACCUCACUCGCCCAAGCGCGCCUUCCUCGGCAGCAGGCGCGCUUGCCGCGCUUGAGCAAGUCAACCCGACGCCUAUUGUCCAGGCAGCCAAGUCUCACCAAGCAAACAAAGCCGGCAGAAUCCACCCUCGGUACCCGCUUCCACUUCGCCAACGGAUACCGCCUUUGUCCUCCUCCUUCGUAGGGUGUCCAGCGCCCUGCUUCAGCUCGAGAGAUUGCCGGCGCCACGGACAAGCCGGCACAACGAUAGAGCUCAAGCUCACAGCAACGCAGAGCCUAGAGGUUCUAACUCCUCCUACAUAUUACAACAGAAGUAAGGACGAACUACGAAGAAAUCCUCCUCGAACGCCGAAUGACGCCCUCUUCCUCUCCCUCUACCCCAAGGUAACGUACCUACCGCUCCGCCGACCGAUGCUACCGGAAGUCUGGUACGCUCCUCCGCCAUCAUACAUUCGAGAUUAG